AAGGGGUCCUUCUGGUCCUGUCUUCCCUGUGCGCCUGACGUCGACUGAUCUGAUUGCCCUAUCAUUACUAAACCCGUUCGAUUAGCGAAAAGUAAUCAACAACACAUAUCCUCCGUGGAGUAAUGAUGGGCGGGAGGUCCAGCACGUUAGCGGCAGGGCUCUGCGGGGCGCUGCUGGUCGGCUACUGCAUCUACUUCGACCGUAAGAGACGGAGUGACCCCAGCUUCAAGAACAGGCUGCGGGAACGGAGGAGAAAGCAGAAGGUGGCCAAGGACCGGGCUGGGAUGUCCAAGCUCCCAGACCUGAAGGAUGCGGAGGCCGUCCAGAAGUUCUUCCUGGAGGAGAUCCAGCUUGGGGAGGAGCUACUGGCACAGGGUGACUACGAGACGGGUGUGGACCACCUGACCAAUGCCAUCGCGGUGUGCGGUCAGCCUCAGCAGCUGCUCCAGGUGCUGCAGCAGACCCUCCCACCGCCCGUCUUCCAGAUGUUACUCACCAAGCUGCCCACCAUCAGUCAGCGCAUCGUGACUGCUCAGAGCCUCAGCGAAGACGAUCUAGAGUAAACAUCUAUCACCGUGGCAACCGUGGCUCGACUGCUACCACGGCAACCCAAGGGAAUCUUUUUUUAGACUUGUUUAUUUGAUGACAUCACAUUGUUUAUCUUUAUUGUUCUGAGACGUCUGAUUGGUCCAUACAGGCUGUGUUCCGCACGUCUGAAGCAUACCCUCCACUCAUUGGUUGGUCAGGUUGUCAUGUUUCUGUAAGUAGGAUGCCUAACCUCUUCAUAGCAACGCUGUACUGCUGGGUGGUAUACCCCUGAGCUGUCGGCUACUACACACCUGUAUGGUUAACUGAAACUAUUUUUAUGGUCAUGGAAUGUUCUGUACCUUUUGAAGAGGCUCCCCCCCUCUUCAAAUGUAAAAAAACAAGUAAAAAAAAAAGGUGAAUGAAA